AUGUCUGAAACAAAGGUCAAAAAAUUUUGGGUUUUCAUCAAGAACACACCGAGGGUAAUCGCUGUAAAGGUACCGCUCACAGAGACGGCGGAAGCCAUCAUCGCGGCAGCGCAAACAAAAUACGGCCCUGAGAUAUCCCAGCAUCCAUUGGUCGAACUGACGCUGGUCGAUAGUAAGGGGAAAAUCGUUGAUCCUACGAUGGAUAUCGAAGAAAUAACGAGCGUAAACUCGAGGGACGAACCAUUUGAGAUCAAGAUUCUUGAUAUCGAAGGUAAAUUUGUGGAAGAAGAAGAUGUUCAAAUAUUCGUGCUUGUGAAAUACGAGGGCGAAGAUGUCUACUAUCCCACGGCCGCAACCUUACGAAGCCAAUACGAUGUCGACCAGUUUCUCAUGGAUAAACAUUUUCAAUCGGUUGAUCACGAGGGCAGGCCGACGGGAUAUGCGGUGAUCUUCAUGCACAGACAAUUCAGUCUGCAGCCUUACAGCAGGCGUUACAUUCAUUCCAUCAAUUGUUUUUUGGACUUUAUGGAAUUGAAAAAUGACGGAAUAAGCCCCGAUCAUGUGCGAGAGGUGAGAUUCGUUCUGGAAAGAUAUAAACUGACGAAAAAGAACGAGACACUUUUAUUACUGGAUUUCGUCACGGUGACGGAUUAUCUUUUUCUUCUUCGUGGUGUCACCAAUCUCAUGUCCGAUUUGAACGAACAUGCAAUAUAUUAUCUUGCCGCUGCCGUCAGUGAUUUUUUUAUUCCAGAUCAAAAAAUGGUACAAUUUCCCAUCUAUUGCCUGCCGGUCAAAUCUUUUGAUAACUCGCAUGCACAACAUAAAAUCCAAUCAGGCGAGGGUGCUUUAACUUUGAGGAUGGAUCAGGUUCCAAAAUUCUUGAAACCGAUGGUCACAAAUUGGGUUCCUCGUGGAUUUAUUGUUUCGUUCAAGCUGGAAACCGAUCCCAAUCUUCUGAUCGACAAAUCUAGGCAUGCCCUCACUCGUUACGGUCAUCAAAUAGUUAUCGGUAAUCUUUUGGAAACUCGCAAAGCUGAAGUAAUUUUCAUCACCAAAGACACCGAGUUUCAAUUAAAAUUAACUGAUGAUGAGAUCGCACAUGGGAUGGAGAUCGAAUCAAAGAUCGUUCCAGAGUUGGUGAAGAGACACGAUGAGUGGAUUAGAAUUUCGGAAACAAUUAUUUCGCAGAAAUGA